GCGAUCCGGUACGUGGGCUUCCGGGUUGUCCCCUCCGGGGGCGGCGAUCCUCCCUCCGGAGCCCCUGCAACCCUCCCGGAAGUGGGGGAGGGGCCCUAGGGGUCCCGGAGCGGGCCCACCCCUAGCCUCACCCACUCCGGGCGUGUGGCCGUGGGCCGGUCGCUUCCUCGCUCGGAGCCAAAGUUCCUCAGCCGUGAAGAGGGGCGGAUGUCACAAGUCAAGCCUCCUUCUCAGGGUGGCCGUGAGGUUCGGGGGUGGGGGGAGGUGGGGAUUUGGGGUGAAACUGGACAGAAACUGGCGUGCUAGGCAAACGGGAGCCCCGCGGUGGCGAGCCGCUGACUCGCUCUCUCCAGAGACUCAGGGGCAGGGCCGGGCUCCGAAGGUGUGGGACCCCAGAAGGAGCUGCUGAAGACGGGACCAAGGGCCACAGGGCGGUUUGCUGGGGUCCAGAUGGUGAAAGUGGGCGCUGGGGGUCGUCCCAGGUUGGCCCCCAGCCAUCUGGAGCUCCUUUCGCCAGUGAGUCUCCUCCGAGUUCCCUUUCUAGGGCAGAUAGCGAAGUGAAGCGGAAGUCACAAUGUGACACCGGCGAGGUUCUCUUCCCAGCAGCCUGUGGGGAAGCAUCCCCCUGUUUCGGGAAUAUGGCAUUCGGGCCAAUCAUGUGGGGUGAUGGAGCCCGUCUCAGGGUUCGGUUGCUAAAGGCCGAACUCGUAACAGCAGUCUCUGUGGCGGGUAGUCACUUGCCUCUUACUCGCUCACAGUGCUUAACUUCCUAAUUAAGUUUUCUGUUGUUCCUGCCAUCUAUCCAAAUAUGAAUGAUUCCGGAACCAGAUUCGUUAAUCCUGUUAUUUGAAGAAGGGAAGCUGGGAAAUAGGAAUAAUGAUCCCCACAGCUAUGUAAGAACGCAGUUUGCUAAGGUUACUUUGCAGCUUGCCUGGUCGUUCCCAUGAUCUAACCCUGUAGGGAGGUAGAGUAGGGGAUGUUGCUGUCUGUAUUUCUCCCCAGGAGUUUGAGGCUCAGAGAGGUUUAUGCGACUUGGCAAAGCCAAAACUAGAACCUGGUCCCAGAUGCCUUUCCUGUUAGUUUCCUUCCAUUCAUCGUAUCAUCCCAGGAUCCCCACUCCCUUCACUGGGACUGCAUCCUCACCACCUGGGAUGUGCUAUGCUAUCUCCCAACAGUCACUCCUAGCAAGCUCCCUGGGGCUGCUUGGGGAGCUCUGAGUGACCCACAGAAGUGGGAGCACUUCAUGGGAACAAAGGAGGAAGGAACAAAAGUGGGCACCUGCUCUGUGCAAAGGGCUGUGCUGGCCGGGCUCCUAUUCUCCAUUAUGGGAGUAUUUGCAGGACCAGGGAUGCUGUGCUGCUGUCCCAUGAGCCAGUCACCGAGUCUGUCUGCUGCAGCCCUUUCUGAACCUCUGGCUGUCUGGAUGCUCCACUGUGCUCCUUGCCAAGAUGAAGUGCGUCUUGGUGGCCACUGAGGGCGCAGAGGUCCUCUUCUACUGGACAGAUGAGGAGUUUGAAGAGAGUCUCCGGCUGAAGUUUGGGCAGUCAGAGAAUGAGGAAGAAGAGCUCCCUGCCCUGGAGGACCAGCUCAGCACCCUCCUAGCCCCGGUCAUCAUCUCCUCCAUGACAAUGCUGGAGAAGCUCUCGGACACCUACACCUGCUUCUCCACGGAAAAUGGCAACUUCCUGUAUGUCCUUCACCUGUUUGGAGAAUGCCUGUUCAUUGCCAUCAAUGGCGAGCACACCGAGAGCGAGGGGGACCUGCGGCGGAAGCUGUAUGUGCUCAAGUACCUGUUCGAAGUGCACUUCGGGCUGGUGACUGUGGACGGUCAGCUUAUCCGAAAGGAGCUGCGGCCCCCAGACCUGGGGCAGCGUGUCCAGCUGUGGGAGCACUUCCAGAGCCUGCUGUGGACCUACAGCCGCCUGCGGGAACAGGAGCAGUGCUUCGCCGUGGAGGCCCUGGAGCGGCUGAUUCACCCCCAGCUCUGUGAGCUGUGCAUAGAGGCGCUGGAGCGGCACGUCAUCCAGGCUGUCAACACCAGCCCCGAGCGGGGCGGCGAGGAGGCCCUGCAUGCCUUCCUGCUCGUGCACUCCAAGCUGCUGGCAUUCUACUCUAGCCACAGUGCCAGCUCCCUGCGCCCGGCUGACCUGCUCGCCCUCAUCCUCCUGGUUCAGGACCUCUACCCUAGCGAGAGCACAGCAGAGGACGACAUUCAGCCUUCCCCACAGAGGGCCCGGAGCAGCCAGAACAUCCCCGUGCAGCAGGCCUGGAGCCCUCACUCCACAGGCCCAAUCCGGGGGAGCUCUGCAGAGACGGAGACAGACAGCUUCUCCCUCCCUGAGGAGUACUUCACGCCAGCUCCUUCCCCUGGCGAUCAGAGCUCAGGUAGCACCAUCUGGCUGGAGGGGGGCACCCCACCCAUGGACGCCAUUCAGAUAGCAGAGGACACCCUCCAAACGCUGGUUCCCCACUGCCCUGUGCCUUCCGGCCCCAGAAGGAUCUUCCUGGAUGCCAACGUGAAGGAAAGCUACUGCCCACUAGUGCCCCACACCAUGUACUGCCUGCCCCUGUGGCAGGGCAUCAACCUGGUGCUCCUGACCAGGAGCCCCAGCGCGCCGCUGGCCCUGGUCCUGUCCCAGCUGAUGGAUGGCUUCUCCAUGCUGGAGAAGAAGCUGAAGGAAGGGCCGGAGGCCGGGGCCUCCCUGCGCUCCCAGCCCCUCGUGGGAGACCUGCGCCAGAGGAUGGACAAGUUUGUCAAGAAUCGAGGGGCACAGGAGAUUCAGAGCACCUGGCUGGAGUUUAAGGCCAAGGCUUUCUCCAAAAGUGAGCCCGGAUCCUCCUGGGAGCUGCUCCAGGCAUGUGGGAAGCUGAAGCGGCAGCUCUGCGCCAUCUACCGGCUGAACUUCCUGACCACAGCCCCCAGCAGGGGAGGCCCACACCUGCCCCAGCACCUGCAGGACCAAGUGCAGAGGCUCAUGCAGGAGAAGCUGACAGACUGGAAGGACUUCUUGCUGGUGAAGAGCAGGAGGAACAUCACCAUGGUGUCCUACCUAGAAGACUUCCCAGGCUUGGUGCACUUCAUCUAUGUGGACCGCACGACCGGGCAGAUGGUGGCGCCUUCCCUCAACUGCAGUGAAAAGACCUCGUCAGAGUUGGGCAAGGGGCCGCUGGCUGCCUUUGUCAAAACUAAGGUCUGGUCUCUGAUCCAGCUGGCGCGCAGAUACCUGCAGAAGGGCUACACCACGCUGCUGUUCCAGGAGGGGGACUUCUACUGCUCCUACUUCCUGUGGUUUGAGAAUGACAUGGGGUACAAACUCCAGAUGAUCGAGGUGCCCGUCCUCUCCGACGACUCAGUGCCUAUCGGCAUGCUGGGAGGAGACUACUACAGGAAGCUCCUGCGCUACUACAGCAAGAACCGCCCAACCGAGGCUGUCAGGUGCUAUGAGCUGCUGGCCCUGCACCUGUCUGUCAUCCCCACUGACCUGCUGGUGCAGCAGGCCGGCCAGCUGGCCCGGCGCCUCUGGGAGGCCUCCCGUAUCCCCCUGCUCUAGGCCAAGGUGGCCGCAGUCUGCCUUUGCAUCCUGUCCUCCAGUCGCCCUUUCUUCCCACUGUUCCCCAUGACGAGAGCCUCCUGUCUGCAGUGGCCAUCCUGAGGAUGGGGCAGAGUGCCCAGGGUGGCCCCAGGGUUUCUAAAACCCCACCUAGACCACCCUCCAUGUCGGGUACUGAGCAAGGCCCCAGAUCCUUCUCUCUGGAGGAAGAGGGAAGCCCAAGGGUCCUGUCUGUAAAACAACAGUGGCAGCAGCUUCUCUUCCAGAGCUGCCUGUGCCUUUAUCCUGGGAGAUGGGGAGGAAGCCCCAUCUCUGCUGUUCCCUGUGUGGAGGAAGCCCACCCGGCAAGCUCUCUCCUAUCCCAGGUAAAAGGUGCUCCUUUGCCUGGGUUUGAAUUCCAGCCCUGCCACUUCCUCUCUGCACCUCCUGGCAAGUUUCUUCUAUUCCCCAUAUUUAAAGCAGCGGCACCUCCCUCCCAGGGUGGUGUGAGGAUUACCCAAUGUGGUAGGUGCUCAAUAAAUGUUGGUCAUUGUUAUCACUGAA